CUGGGUAUUCCUUGUAUGUGAAGGAGGGAAGGGUGAAACGAAAACAGCUUGCGCCGCCACUCACCGCCUAACGGAAACCAAAGUGAAAAGGCGGUUCCGUUGAUAUUUAUAACUCCUUUUUAAAUCUUCUCUCCCUCUCCUCCAAGCAACCACAGCUACACGAAGCAAAAACAACCUCUCCCUCUUCCUCUCUUCGAUUUGCUAUUUCUCACACAUAAACCACACGCUUUAUAUAGCAAGCUGCACUCCUUUAUGUCUCUCUUUUAAUUCCCUUGCUUCUCUAUUCUCUUUUCAAAUCACUUUCACAGCCCUCCCUUUAGCCUUUAUUCCCUUCUUUUUCUUGAUUUGUUUCUUAACUUUAUAUGCUCUAAUUUUGGAUCAGUUUUCUUCCGGUGCAAGUUUGCUUACAAAAUGCGUUGUUAGUUUGUUUCUGAUACAAUUUAAGUUUGUCUUUCCAUAGGCCUAGGCAAGUUGCCUUUUAGUUUUAGCAAUUCUUUCAAGAAAAAAAAAAAAAAAGAAAGAAACAAACUACUCCGUUUUUCUCUGGGAUUUCUUAGGCGAGUUAAAUUGUAAAAUCUCUGGUUCAACCGAGUUCAGCAAUUAAAAAUGGAGUAUUCACCGAUUCAAGUCAGAAAUACCAAUGAAAUCACACAUGGUUUUAAUGAUUUUACUUCUCAAAACACGCCAGAACAGUCUUUACAUAAUCCUUCAAAGUGCCAAAGCACUCAUAGCAGACACUCACAUGAUCAGGAAUCAGCUGUUUCCGAUAGCGAAAGUUUUAGUUCGGGAGUCAGUUACAAUCAAUCUCCAUCAUUCAAUGAUGGGUUGAUUCGACUUUUCGAAGGAGAUAGAGUUCAUGAUCUCAUUAAGCAAAGAUUCGUUUCGGGUUUGGGUUUACUUGGCAAGAAAGCAACAGUUGUUGCCAUUCAUAGGAAUACUUACUCUGGUGUUCUGGAGCAAGCUAGAAUGCAAUCCUUUCAGCUUAUUGCGAAAGCAAUGGAGAAGAAGUGUGGUGGCGAUGCGAAUGUCAAGUUUGGUUGGUAUGGUGGUACAAGAGAUGAGAUCUGUGAGAUUAUGAAGCAUGGUUUCAGUGCCCGGAUGAUUGAUAACAGCAAUGGAUUGUAUGGUUCUGGCAUUUAUCUUUCUCCAGAUGAUUCUCCUGUUGAAUGUGUGAAGAAAUUGAAUGUUGGUAAAGAUGGUCUGCGGCAUAUGUUGCUUUGCCGUGUUAUUCUGGGGAAGGCAGAGGUUGUUCAUCCGGGUUCUGAUCAGUAUCAUCCGAGUUCUGAUGAGUUUGAUUCAGGAAUGGACAGCUUGUCAUCUCCUAAGAAGUAUAUUGUGUGGAGUGCCCAUAUGAACACUCAUAUUUUGCCAGAGUAUGUGAUAAGUUUCAGUGCUCCUUCUAGCUUGAAAGGUUACUUUAGAAUUCCUGAAUCUUUGAGGAAGCCAACUUCUCCUUGGAUGCCAUUUCCUUCUCUUAUUUCUGCUCUCUCAAAGUUCUUGCCUCCCACUGCUACCAAGUUGAUUAUCAAGUAUUAUAGAGCUCACAGAGCAAAGAAGAUUUCUAGACAAGAACUGAUACAACAAGUGAGAAAGAUUGUAGGGGACAAGCUACUGAUUUCAGUGAUCAAAUCAUUUAGAACCAAGAUGCUUGUAACAUCAAGCAAUUUGGAGCAAACAAUGGUUCAAAAAGGAAUCAAUAUUGGAAUGAAUCAUGAUGUGAGGAGGGACGGCAUGGAAGAAUUGAUUAUGCAGGUAUGAAGCCGAGUGCGGAGCGCAAUUUGAAUUAUGUGAUGGACGGAAAAGACAGACGAAACUGACAUAAACGAGUAGCUAAUCCAAAUUGACAUGUAGGAACGGAGUGUUUAGUUGCUGCUAGGUCUUCUUGUAGUGGCAGAGUAGUCAGUAGGCAUUUUACAUAAUGGAAGUUACAUCUUGUGCAAUCACACGACCGCUGUGCAAGUGGAAAUAUAUGCCAGCAAUAUGUGUAAGGAAAUGUAACUCUCGACUCUCACUAGAAAAAUAAAAAUGUUGUUACAGCUCAAUGUGGGAAUUGUUGCCUCACCACUACCCGGAUUGUUUGCAGCA